AAGAUGAAAAGAGCACAAAAUUCUGUAACUAUUAUCUGAUUAAUCUCUCUCCCAAGUCGAACACUGUCCUCUGCCUUCCAAGAGAGGGAGUGUAUGUGGGCAGUCGAGAUAACUCUCAUCUAUGGCAAGCAGGAGAGCUUUGCAGUCAUUGCCUCAUAGAUUUUGUUGGGGAAGGAGGAGUUUCGGUGCUAUCCCUGAAACCAGCAACGGUGCUUCCUGCUCUCAAAAGAUCAUCAACUUGGAAUAUGAAUACAGUGCCCACAAUUACCACCCAGUCCCCAUUGUAUUUUCACAAGCAAAGGGAUCAUCUGUAUGGGAUCCAGAGGGCAACAGAUAUCUGGAUUUCCUUUCAGCUUACUCAGCAGUUAAUCAGGGACAUUGUCAUCCAAAGAUCAUGAAAGCAUUACUAGAACAGGCAGAAAGGCUCACCCUCAGCUCUCGAGCCUUCUACAAUGAUAGAUUUCCAAUAUUUGCUGAGUGUCUGCGUAGCAUGUUUGGCUAUGAGAUGGUACUUCCUAUGAAUACCGGUGCAGAAGGUGUGGAAACAGCUCUGAAGUUGGCAAGGAAAUGGGGUUAUGAGAAGAAAAGAAUUCCCAAAGAUGAGGCUAUUAUUGUCUCAUGCUGUGGCUGCUUCCAUGGUCGUACAUUAGCUGUUAUCUCCAUGAGUUGUGACAAUGAGGCUACUCGUGGUUUUGGGCCGUUGUUGCCUGGCCAUCUUAAAGUUGAUUUUGGCGAUGCUGAUGCCCUUGAGAAAAUCCUUAAAGAAAAUGGUGAUCGAAUAGCUGGAUUUCUGUUUGAACCCAUUCAAGGAGAGGCUGGGGUUGUAAUCCCACCAGAUGGUUAUUUAAAAGCUGUCAGAGAUCUGUGCUCAAAGUAUAAUGUUUUGAUGAUUGCUGAUGAGGUACAAUCUGGCUUAGCACGGACAGGAAAAAUGCUGGCUUGUGAUUGGGAAGAAGUGCGCCCAGAUAUGGUGGUGCUUGGAAAAGCGUUGGGUGGUGGAGUGAUACCUGUAAGUGCAGUGCUUGCAGACAAAGAUGUGAUGCUUUGUAUCCGACCAGGAGAGCAUGGAAGUACCUUUGGUGGCAAUCCAUUGGCAAGUGCAGUUGCUAUUGCCUCACUAGAAGUGAUCAAAGAUGAGCGACUUGCUGAGAGAUCUUCCCAGCUGGGAGAGGAGCUAAGGCACCAGCUGCUCAAGAUUCAGCAGCAAUUCCCAAACUACAUAAAAGAAGUUCGAGGAAGAGGUUUGUUCAAUGCUGUGGUGCUCAACAGCAAGAGUCUCUUCCCUAUUUCUGCAUAUGAUAUCUGCCUCAAGUUGAAAGAGAGAGGAAUUCUUGCUAAGCCCACCCAUGAUACUAUUGUCCGUUUAACUCCCCCACUCUCAAUGAGUUUCGAUGAACUCCAAGAAGGCUCAAAGGCGCUGCAUGAUGUUCUUGAAAUUGAUCUACCAAAGAUGCAGAGAGCAAAGCCAGAGCAUGUCUCCCCAACUAGUUCUAACAUAUGUGAUCGUUGUGGGCGAAACUCAUAUGGUUCUCCAGAUAAAGAUAUCUGAACAACAUGAACAUUACUCUACUUUCAAAGGCAAUAACUUGCAGAAAUUCAUGUCUCAUCAUCUUUCAUAUGGAUUUUCAGAACUUUCCUCAAUUUCUAGCACAUUAAAUAUUUUUUUAAAGUAAUAUUAAGACAUCUAUGAGAAGUUUAGAACAUGAUAAUUGAUGUUGUACAAAUUCGAGCAAGGCAUGUGGUGCGCUGAUUAAUUGAAACCUUAACCAUGUUAGGAAGAACAUGUAAUGUUCGGAAAGUGUUUUUAUAAUCUUGAUAUGUGGACUCUAAUUGUGUGCC